ACCGACUGUCAGCUGCUGUUGCUGGGCGGCGCAUAGCAACCAGGAAGGUUCUGCACUAGCAGUAAGAGAUGUUCUAGCAAAUAAUAUUGAAUUAAUGCUUCAAGAAGCGUCGCGUAGCUCAUUAGGAACCUAAUCAGUCUUUAGCGUCUGGUCAUACAGAUGAUCUUUCCUUAAAUCGGUGCAUCACUUUGUCUCCGGUGGCGUUUCAGUGUUUCCCCGUCGCAGUGAUGGAGGAGACGAACAGAGAGGCGGUAGCUACAGCCGUGCAGAGGGUGGCCGGGAUGCUGCAGCGCUCCGACCAGCUGGACAAAGUGGAGCAGUACAGACGCAGAGAGGCGCGCAAGAAGGCGUCUGUAGAGGCCAGACUGAAGGCUGCUAUCCAGUCUCAGUUGGACGGAGUACGCACAGGCCUGACGCAGCUGCACAAUGCCCUCUGUGACGUCAAGGACAUCCAGAACUCGCUGGCUGAUGUCAGUAAGGACUGGAGGCAGAGCAUCAACACCAUCGAGAACCUGAAGGACGUCAAGGAGGCCGUGGUGCAGCACAGUCAGCUGGCCUCCGCAGUGGAGAACCUCAAGAACAUCUUCUCAGUGCCAGAGAUUGUGCAGGAGACACGUGAGCAGAUCGAACGUGGUGAGCUGCUGCAGGCGCACCGUCGGCUCAUGGACCUGGAGUGCACACGUGACAACCUGCUGUACGAGCAGCACCGACUGGACAGCAGGAACGCGCCCGAGCCGGGCCUCAUCGGAGCCUACUUCGGCGAGGUUCAGGGUCUCUCUGAUGAGCUCGCUAAGCAGCUGUGGCUGGUCCUGCAGCGUGCGCUGGUCACCGUGCGCCGCGACCCUACCAUGCUGGUGUCAGCGGUGCGCAUCAUCGAGCGCGAGGAGAGGGUGGACCGCCGCAUGCUGGAGCGCAACCGGCAGACCUCCUUUCUCCCUCCGGGCCGGCCCAAGGGCUGGAAGAAACGCAUGAGCGAGGUCCUGGAGGUCACGGUGAGCGGGCGCAUCGAGAGCGCGCAGGCCGAGACGCGACAGUCCGACAAGAUGUGGCUGGUGCGCCUGCUGGAGAUCACACGCCGCUACGUGCUGGACGACCUCCUCAUCGUCAAGAACCUGGUGGUGCAGUGCUUUCCUCCGCACUACGACACCUUCCGCCUGUUCCUGGACCUCUACCACAGAGCCGUGUCCGCACGCGUCCAGGAGCUCGCCGAAGACGACCUGGAGCCCAACGAGAUCGUGUCUCUGCUCACCUGGGUGCUCAACACGUACAAAAGUGUGGAGAUGAUGGGCCAUCCAGAUCUGUCCCCCGAGUGUGACGCCAAGCAGUUGGAGCCUCUGCUGCCUGAGGAUGUGGUGAACCAGCUGCUUGGCAAAUACCUGACUACUUUCACUUCUAACAUCACAGGCUGGCUGCGGAAAGCUCUGGAAACCGAUAAGAAGGACUGGCAGAAGGAGACGGAGCCCGAGGCAGAUCAGGAUGGCUACUACCAGACCACUCUACCUGCCAUCGUCUUCCAGAUGUUUGAACAGAACCUGCAAGUGGCGGCUCAGAUCAACGAGACGUUUAAAGAGCAGGUGCUGAAGCUCUGUCUGAAGCAGAUGACCUCCUUCCUUGUCAGGUACAGGGAAGAGGCCGUUGUUUACAAGGAUGAACACCUGAAAGAUCGUCAGCUUCCACAGUGCUACGUCCAGUACAUGAUCGCCAUCAUCAAUAACUGCCAGACCUUUAAGGAGUCUAUAAAUAGUCUGAAACGGAAAUACUCGCAGUCGACGGAGCCCAACAACAUCGAUGCAGCCAUCGAGAAAACCCUGAGCGACGUGGCCAAGGAGGGUUGCCAGUUCUUAUUGGACGAAGUCUUCCUGGAUUUGGAGAAUCAUCUGAAUGAGCUGAUGACCCGGAAGUGGUUGACAGGCUCUCAUGCAGUAGACACCAUCUGCGUGACUGUGGAGGACUACUUCAAUGACUUUGCCAAAAUUAAAAAGCCUUAUAAUCAGAAGAUGACGACAGAGGCUCACCGGCGUGUGGUAGUGGAGUACCUGAAGGCCAUCAUGCAGAAACGCAUCACGUUUAAAAACGCAGACGAGAGGAAAGAGGGAGCGGAGAGGAUGAUCAAAGAGGCAGAACAGUUCAGCUUUCUCUUCAAAAAACUCUCUGCUGGAGAGGACACAGACUGGCUGUGUGGCUCCAUCUCUGCCAUAGCGGAGGUGUUCAAGCUGACUGACCCCACUCUUCUGUUCCUGGAGGUGUCCACACUGGUCUCCAAGUACCCGGAUAUCAGGGAGGAGCACAUUGUGGCCUUGCUGGCAGUUCGAGGCGAUGCCAAUCGUGACACACGGCAGAUGAUCAUUGAGACACUGAACCAGAGCAAACCGUCCAUCUCCCCCAACACGCUGCCCAUCUUCAGGGAUAUCACCGUGCCAACCAUCGCAGCCAUGACGGCAAUGGCGGUGCCUAAACUUCUGAAAUAACCCACUAAGACCUGACCUUUGACCCGUUUGGCUUUAUACCUUAAGGAACACCAUCAUCAUCAUCAUCAUCAUUAUCAUGAGAACUGGCCCCAUGCCGCAUGCAGAGAGAGAGAGAUGCGUGUACAGAAAACCCCUAGAUGUUUUUUUUUUUUUUUGGUUUGUUCUUUUAAACACUAAAAUUAUUCUCUGCCUCCUCCCCGCUUGCACACAACCAGACUGGAUAAUUUCACUGGCAUCUCAGAGCUUCUGUAUGAUCCUUUGGGAAAGAAAUCAAGUCACAGCCUGACCCUCAUGUCACAGUUUUUCCAGAAGCUGCCUGUAAUGCUCGUACUUCCUGUUUACAUGCGUGACUUGAUGAUUUCUUCACAGCUCACACUUCCUGUUGUGUGAAACAGGACAACACUGAGUGCAUGGAAUACACUCACGCUGUAAAGUUAAUGAGAGCCACCACAGACCAAAAAAAUAAUCACUUCAGAUUAAUAAAAUUAUGAUUAAUACUAUUUCAA